ACUUUCCAGAGCUCACUUCCCCCAAAGGAUUUCCCUUCUUCUUCCCUACCUCCCCUUCCCUCACCUCCUCCCAAACAUUUGGCCAGUUGCCGAAAUACACCGUGGUCCAAAUAGAUCGACAGAAUCGAAGGGGAGAAGGGGAAGGAGAUCGGCGAAUGGCCUCGCCCUGGAGGCCUAUCCGAGUUUGGUCUCCCCUGCUGGGUUUAGGGUUUGUCGUUGCUCUAAUCGCCUUUGCGCUACAACUCUCCUCGAGGAGACAUCUCGCACAGAGAUUGUGGACUUUCGAGGAAUUGGCUUUGUACAACGGGACGGAUGAAAGACUCCCAAUACUGCUUGGCAUUCUCGGAUCAGUGUUCGAUGUGACAAAAGGGAAAACACAUUAUGGUCCCGGCGGAGGGUACCAUCACUUUGCAGGAAGAGAUGCAUCACGAGCCUUUGUAUCUGGAAAUUUUACAGGUGAUGGAUUAACAGAUUCAUUGAAUGGUCUCUCUACUAUGGAGGUGAAGAGUGUUGUUGACUGGAGAAAGUUUUACAUGGAAAGAUACAUAUUCACUGGUCAUUUAGUUGGCCGGUAUUAUGACAGCCAGGGGAAACCUACAAAAUAUCUGAAAGGUGUUGAGUCAAAGGCUAAGCGUGGGGCUCAGCUUUUAGAGAAGCAGAAGAUUGAGGAAGAUAAGAUACCAAGCUGCAACUCGAAAUGGAGUCAACAAGAGGGAGGCAAGGUUUGGUGCGAUAGUGGUUAUCCAAGACUAGUAAAGAGACCUGGGGACAUCGCCCUUACUGGAAAGAUUAGCCAGCGUUGCGCUUGCUUUAAAGAAGAGGAGCUUGGACGACCAGGUCUGGAGGUAUACAAGAACUGUGAUUAUCUGUCCCAGUCUUGCUCGGUUUAGUUCAUUUACUGCAGAUACUUUAAGAAGGUUUUGUUGUUGUGUACAUUAAUUAUAAUUUUUAAUCAGAUAUUCUGAACCUAUAGAAAACAAAAGGAAAGGAAACUAUAAUGUUUUCUCAUA